AAAAAGAAAGAGUACGGCCCGAUAUUUUGUAUUUUGUAUAAUUUACAAAAACUACGCUACGUGUUUCGGACAUAAAUAUUCAGUAAUUUAUAAAUGCAAAAAAUUGAGAGUGACUCCAUUUCCUGCUGCGAGCGGAGAGAACAGCAACAAGUUUUCCGCUGUAAGCGAAGAUUGUGUGAAAGUGCAGCAAAGAUUUGUCAACAUAAAGAAGAAGAGCCACCCAGCGCCAUUAUUUGUUAAUAAUAAUAGCAGUCGCAGCAGCAGCUGCUGCCCAAUAACAACAGCAAACCCAGCCCCAGCCCGAGCCCCACAGCACCCCGCAAUUGCGGAAGCUGAAACUGCCUUAUCGUGUGUUGCGUUGCUUGUUGCCUUCGGGAGUGCUAAAAAUAAAACCCACCCACCCACACACACACUCACUCACUAACGACUACAAAUUUUGGCAACAGCACGGAGCAAGGUGAACCUGGUGCGGAUUCGGAUUCAGACUCUUCCUCCAGCACGCUUCUGUCGCUGUCGUCGGUGUUGCCAAUGCAGGGACAAUGCAGAAAUGAAAAUUCAUAAAUACAACGCAACGUACCCCUGGGAAUUUCUGACCAUAAGGCGCGCUGAAUGAGAGUCCUUAAAGCAACAUGUCGGAUUUUGUGCCACGCGACAUUCUGCCCGACUUGUGGCAGGAGAUACUUCAGCGCCACUGGUCGUUCCUCGAAACGGAGGAGUGCACUCAGAAGCUCGAGGAGCGCAAGAAGCUAGAGGGCUGCCUCAAGGAGUUCCUCUGCGUGGUGCCGCACGAUCGCAAGUUCUUUCUGCCAGAGACAGGGCACAUUCUGCGCAAAUCAGUGAGAGAGCUGACCGACUUUACGGCACAAAAUGCCAUCGUGGGUUUCGAGACCAUUAGCCAGUAUGCCAACAAUUUGUUUACCAAACCCUGGCGCAAGGAGUACCGAAUCCUCAAGACAUAUUCGGGUUGCUAUCAGCAUGAUGUUCUGUCCCGCCUGCUGGACGCUGACCAGCUCUUUCUGGCCAUGGGCUAUAGGCGCAUAUCGGACGACACCUUCGUGCUGGAGGGGCCCAUCUGCCCCGAUCAGGUGACAAAUGUGUCGCGUGAUGCGAUGGCCGCCUACGUCGAGUGCCAGAUCAUGAAGCACAUUUAUGCAGGCGUCCAGGCGGAGGGUUUCCCCUGCAGCUGGAAGGAGAUUUUUCAGUAUCGAGAGCGCCACAUUGGCGGCACCACACAGUCGAUCAAGGAGAUUGUCUACCACCUGAACGAGAAGCGAUUGCGCAAGGAGAAGCUCUCGGAGAACACAUACAGCAACGUGCAGACCCAGGCACAGCAGCAGCCAACGAAGGGUGGCAGGGCGGCAGGUGCAAGUGCGAGCCCCUGCGCAUUGCAUGGCAACAAUCUGGCGCAUCCCGGCAGCUCACACAAUUGUGCCAUGCAUUCACCGAAUGUCAGCGACUCGUUGUCAGGGAAAUACUUGCCCCCAUAUCCCGCACCACCACCGCAGCAGCAGCAGCAUCAGCAGACGGCUGGCGGAGGCCUGAUGACGCACUCGCGCAGCCUGGAGCACUACCAGGAGCCUCAGAACGUACUCCCGCAUCGACACUCUUUCGACCAGCAGUGCCAGGCCAUGCAUCAGCACCCGCAUCCGCAUGUCUACGAGGCGCCCUACGACUGCUUGGACGGAUUGAGCAUGGGCAGCAGUGCCUCCUAUGCGGCGGUCGCCGGUGGCUAUAAUGCGCCCGGCAAUCGCUAUCCCCUGCCCUACAACAUAUCCAAUCAGCUAAAUGCGCAGUAUGCCACGCCAGCCGAUGUCUUUACGAAUCCGGAGCACAACAUGUACGCGACCAUUGAGAAGACGGGAGCGCCGGCCUCUAGGCCAAUGCAUAGCUGUGAUUAUCACAGUCGUCAGGGUCAUCCUCCAGGCCCCAUGCAGCAUAGGCAGAGCACGUAUCCGCCGGACCAUCAUUUGAUCGAUUUCGACGAGCGUGCGCAUCUGACGCAGCACGACUUUGGGGCGCAUGAGUACGAUCCGCGGAUGUACGAGCACCGGGGCCACGGCGGCCACAUGUGUGGCAAUGCUAUAAUUUACGCGCAACCGCCAGAUCCGACGUCGUAUGGCGGCUACGAUCUGCCCACCACGCUGCCGCACUCGCAGCCGCCGCCACACACUGCUCAGGACAGGUACGUCUAUGCACGGCCUGUGCCCAAGAGCAGUCGAACGCGACCGCUGGCAGAGUCAGACCUGAUGCAGGAUCCCAUGGACAAUAACCGCAAAAUGCACAAGGAAUUGAAGGAGCGGGCCAGUCGGACAGCGCCCGCGGAUGGAUACCACAGCAGCAGCAGCAGAAGGCAGCCAGUCAACGAUCCGGAUAUACCCACCACUGUGGCGGACAUGACAGCGGCCUACGAGACGGCGAGCCUGGAUGACUUUGUGACGGUGAGCAGCGCCUCGCCGCCGCUGAUGCCUAAGGUGCAGGAGGGUGUCGGCAGCUUUGAGUCCUGGAAUUAUGUAUUCAAGAACCUCGAGCGCUCUGGCUACUCCAAGGACUUGGGGGAUCGUGAGGAUUUGCUGGUGCAGAGCUUGGAUCUGGACUCGUUGACCAUUUCCAAUGGCAGUGCGAAUCCCGCUGAGAAAACCACGCGACGCGACACUGCCAAGACACAGCCGGCGACACGUGCCGCAAGUGCAGCUGUUGUGGAGGCAAGUGGCGGAAAGGGAACACGUUUCAGUGCAGCCGCUGCGGAGACAAGUGGCGGCGGAAAGGCACGCACACUGGAGAAGAAGACUGGGGCCAUCCGGCGGGAGGCCAAGGUUGUGCAGGCGCCAGCGCCGUCGCUGGUGCCGAACAGCAGCAGCACGGGCUUGAAGAAGGUGAAGUCCGCGUUGAAAACGGCCACAAUAGACAAUAGAGGAAGUGGAUCGCGUAAUCGCACCGGCGCUGUGCCCAAGCAGCCGCCGCCCGUGUCCACGCAGCUGAUUGUGACGAGUCCGAAUGAGUGGAGCUGUCGCUUCUGCACGUUCCUCAAUCCGGACACAAAGCGCAUCUGCGAGAUGUGCUGCCGCAGCAAGGACUUUAAUCUGGAGGCAGCCACAGCGGCGUCAUCAACGGCAGCGGCUGCAGCGUCGAGCGUGUCACAUGCUUCCUCAACCUGCGUCUAGGCGAUAGUCUGGUUCCCUACACCUUUCACCCCACGCCCCCCUUAGUGAUACAAAAAAGUGCAGUGUAAAGUUAGAUAUAUUUUUAUACGACCCAAGUGUAGCCCUGUGCGCGUGUCUCUAGGAUCUAUCUAGUCUCGUAGCCACCUUUUGUUGUGGCAUAAAUACACGACAGGACGGGACGAGAUUUGUGCAUACAAAUUAUAUAGUAUUCUAUUUAGUUAGCCCUACCUGUAAACACACACACGCUUUAAUUAGUUAUAGAUUGUUUCCCCCCCCCAAAUUGUUUGCCUCCCUGCCCCACAGCCUCGCAGCUGUCUGGCAGCAAAAGCAAAUUCCUUUUUAUAGAUUUGUGCCAGGCAGCAGAUGGCAGCGACAGUGGGCGGGAGAGAGAGUGGAUCACGAACUUUGUAUAUUUGUAGGAAAUGGAAGAAAAACAACUGAUAAUUAUAUAUAUAUAUUACCUUAUAUAUUCAUAGUUUCAUUCAUAGUGUACGUGAGAGAAUAUAUCCCACAUACCCACACCACACACAUACAUACAUACAUAUAUAUUCAGCAAAUCUCGAACAGCCAAUAAACCUUUUCGACCUUUUCAUACUAAAUAAUAAUAAAUACCUAUAACUACCUAUAAUCGUAGCAUAAGUAACUGAACAUUUGAGGAAAAACUGGUACUGGGUACGGGUACGAGGUACGAGGUACGGGUACGGGGUUGUUAACUUACAAUUUUUGAUUCGAAUUUUACUGAAACGUAGGGAACGUACGUACGAGUAUAUAGUGCAAAUUUCUAUACAAAAACUAAACUAUUAAUCGUUUACUUAGCCUAGUCCUCGACUUCAUGUUAGCAGCUCAAUGGAAUUCAGGAACGAAAGUGAACUGCAAGCAAACUGCUCAUACCACCCACCCAACUGCUAGAUAGCCAGACACACACACACACACAGCCUCCCCCCCUCCUGCUAACCCACACAAUGCAAAUUUGUUUGUUGAAAUGUUAGGAUUAAUGUUGAUAAUAGUAGGGAAACCCAACACUGAAGGCAGACAAGAUAUUUUUAUAAUAAUACCAGAAACCAUGUACCUAUUGCUCUUUGUUAAAUAUAUAUUUAAUUGGGUUUUAAAUACAUUUGAUUUGAUUACCUAUUAUCUAUUUAUUGUUAGUAGUUUUGAGAACCCAAACGCCUUUUACAUUUAUUAUUGUAUAAAUAAACUUUGCAGACAAAUCCAAAUCCACGAGUGACGAAAUAAUAGCUGGAAAGACAUAAAUAACAAAACAAUUUUUGCUGAACCCUUUCAAGCGCAAUCUUCGCUCAAAAUUAUAUAAGGAAAAUGCAAAAUGCAAAAUGCAAAAAC